AUGCCGCCUCAGCGGCCGGCGAAGCGUCAGCCGACCAUCACCCGCCCAUCCACCGCUUCGACGGACCCGAUUCCUUCCACCUCCGCGUCCACCUCCGCUGUCGCCUCGAAGCCCAUGGACCCAGCUAUCGACCGCGCACUCCAAUUAUCAAACUUUGAAUCCUCAUACUCCACCGAGGGCUUCAUCACCACCCUCUCUGACUCGCUCAUCUCCGCCUCCAAGGCCGCUUCGGGCCCGUUUGACCCUACUCCCUUCCUCGACACCUUCUCGCCUGCGCUCGACUCGCUCCUAUCACUCCGGGCGCAAGUGGCCGAACGGACCAAAAAGAUGGAGACGGAUGUUCGGCGCGCAGAGCGCGAGUACGGGCGAAGGCUGAGGGAGCUGGACGGGGGGUUCGAGGCGAUCGGAUCGUCCUUUGAGAGUCUGGAGUCACGGAUCAGCGAUGUCGGGCGGACGGCGGUGCGGAUCGGAGAACAGCUUGAGGGACUACAUCAAACUCGAUCCACCGCGCAGAGCACGUCGCUGCUAGUCUCGUACUACCUCGGCUUGGCGCAUCAGUCGGCCGAGAAUGGAGGGGCCGAAGGGGAAGACGGCAAAGUCGCUACGCCGCUCGAAACGCUCUUUGCAACUCGGACGUCUCGGGAUGGGCGGGCAAGACUAGCAGUCAUCCUCAGGCGGCUCAUGGCGGUCGCCAAGGACGUGGCGGACAAUGCACAGUCUGCAGCGGCCGAGGCAGAGAUGCUCGCUACGCCUAGGCAGGACUCGCCUGAUCCGUCCGCGUCCGCAGACAAGGGCACGAUGGAUCAGCGGACGGUCGGCAGGCGGAGGAGGGAGAAGGAGAAGGCGGAGAGGGUGAGGGACGAGGUGGAGAGGUACUGCGAGCGGUUUGAGAAGGAGGUGUUGAGGUUAUUUGAUCGGAGCUAUAGGAAGGGAGAUCCUAGGAUGAUGGCUCACUGUGCCAAGACGUUGCAGGACUUCAACGGCGGAGCGAGCUGCGUCCAGAUAUACGUCAACCAGCAUGACUUCUUCAUCUCGCACGGCAAGGUCGUGGAGGAUGCGGAGCGGAGUCUGGGCGAAGAAGGGGAGGACGGAAGCAAGCGUGUGGAUAUCUGGAAGAGUAUUGGAGAUCCCGAUGCGCCACCACCGACAACCGAGCCGGGGCUCGAGGCACUCAUCCGGGAAAUCAAGGUCACGACGAGUCAAGAAGCUCAGAUUGUCAAAGCGGUCUUUCCCAACCCCGUCGCAGUCGCGACGGUCUUCCUCCAGCGUGUAUUUGCUCAAGUCCUGCAACAACACAUCGAAACCCUCGUCACCCGCGCGCAGGCAAUAUCCACCCUUGCCGUCCUACGCAUCCUAAAUCUCUGCCACGCACACUGCGCGACCCUCGUCGAGGACUUGCGGUCGUAUGAUCUGGCUCUGUCGUCUGGCCCGUCGGCCUCGUCGGCCAAUACGCCGAUAUCGGUCGGAACGGGUGGUGGGAAGGGGUCAGGUGGAGGCGCUGGACCUUUGGCGAGUAUGCUGGAGCAUGCGCUGGAGGAGAUGUUCGUGCCGUGGUUGGAGGGGAGCCGGUAUUUGGAGAGCGAGAGUAAGAAUUUGGUGGAGCUUUAUGGGGGAUUAUUGAGCCGGUUCACGCGAUACCAUGAAACCGUUCUCAAAGCCAAACCCAACUCGCUUCUUGACAAAGUAGUCAACCAGCUCUCCUCCUCCGCCCCCUCGAACACCGCGGGUACCACCGCCGGCUCAACCGCCCAAUCCGCCGCUGCCGCUAUCUCCAAAUACGCCAACUAUUUUACCGCGUCCGCCGCACAGGCAGUCAAGGCCGCUGCUGCCAAUGCCAACAACUCGCCUAUGGGCGUCGGAACCGCUGGAAUCGUCACUUCGCCGGUUGACCGCAAGACCCCCCUUCCGCCGCAUUUGACGAUCAUGACGAAUCCGAAUGGAGCUAGUUCGCCAGGCGCGGCGAGUAGUCCAGUUAUGGCGAGUGCGAGUCCGAAUUUGGGGAGUGGGUCAGGCAUGAAACGGACAGAUAGUAUGCGCGGGGGACCGAGGGACGGAGGCGGCGCAGCGGAGGAUAUGGUUUCGAAAGUGGAUGGGGGACUGACUCUGGCGGCGGCGGAAAGGAUGUUGAGGUGGCAUGCGGAAGCAGUGGGACGGGUGGUACAGCUCAGUCAGAGCGAUGUUGGCAAGAAUGCGUUUGCGCUGAGCAAGGUACUGGCUGAGGCUAUUGGUCGAGGGUACAUUGAGACUGCUCUGGACUCAGUCGCUGCUUCGCUAGAUCAGCACGACUCGAAAGUCGAUGUCGACCUGCAGCCAUUCCUCACCCUCCGCCCCGUGGACCAGAUCUGCCAUCUCUGGCAGCGGUAUACCCUGACUGCCCUUCUUCCACUCGCGAACGCCUCUCCUGGGACGCGCAAGGAGAUGGGCACAUUCAAUCAGCACGGCCUCCUUCGGCUCGAGGGGAAGGUGAAUGUCGUGAUUCAGAAGACUAUCGAUGCCAUCAUUACGUGCUUCCGCCAGCUCCUCACCCGGCAAAAGAAGAAUGACUAUAAACCGCUCAACGAUGAAAUCUCGUUCGCGCGCAACCAGACCGAGCCGUGUCAGCUCUGCUGCGAGCUUCUGGAUGAUGUGCGGGCCAAGGCAAAGGAGGCUCUGAGCGGCAAGAACCUCGAGAGCUUCUUUAUGGAGGUGGCUGUUGCGGUGCAUAGUCUGCUAUUGGAUCACUACAAGAAGUUCCCGGUAAACCCCACUGGGGGGCUGAUGUUGACCAAGGAUCUGGCGGCGUACCAAGAAUCCACAGCGGCUUUCGGUAUACCCGCAGUGAACGACCGAUUCGAUAUGCUCCGCCAGCUCGGCAACUCCUUCAUCGUCCAACCCAACGUCCUCAAAUCCUACAUGACCGAAUCCCACCUCGGUCGGAUCGAACUCAAACUCCUCCGUCCAUACCUCCAACAACGCGUCGACUAUUCCACCUUUGCGAAAUCGCUCAAUCUCGAGGACGCACCGGGUACCAUGCUCAUUACGAAGGAAGAGGAAAAGAGGCUCAAUAGGAUGUCGACGGUCGUUUCGGGCGUGGCGGGCGCGGGGAUGGGGAAGCUCAAGGGGUUACUGAAGGAGUUUGAGGCGGGACUGUUGAGUCCGGAAGAGGAGGAGGCGCUGAGGAGGCAUGAGCGGAAGGUGGGGGGACAGCGGUCGGCGGGUGGGUCGUUGAGGUAUGUCCCGCCUCAUGCGGCUUAUAUGAUGCACUAG